UAUUUUAUCAGACCACCUGCUCUCUUGUGAUACUGCUGACAGCCAGGCCUCUUUAUGUCGGGAGCAUAGCCAAUAGAUAGGGUCAUCAGCAGGCCAAGCAAAAGAGAGCCAAGCAAGCUUCAGGUCUGACAGCCAUGUGGGAGGGGCGUUGACGUAGGAAAUUUGAAGGAGCCAGAGCUCAGAGCCUUGAAGGUUUCUCUGGGAGUCGCCAUGGCAACGGACGCUGGCUUUGGAACUCAAGAUUCUCAGAGCUUGGAGCCAGUAGUUAGGUGGUGGCCGCAGGCACAGCCCAGCGGGCAUGGCCGAGGCUGAGCCUGAGGAAACGGAGGACCCAAGGUUGAAGACCCAAGGAUGCCGGAAGAUUCUCGAGACCCUCGAAGUGGCUAUUGAACAAUUCCAAUACAACCCCAGACUUACUAUUUCAGAAGAUUUAAAGGUUGGCUUUUUCACCUCAGAUCAUGCUACUCAGACAGAUUGCAGUGAAAUUUUGCCAUUGAAAGAUUUGACUCAAUCAACAGAAAAGUUAAUACAGAUGAUUACAUCACUUCAGGUGGAUUUUGGAUUCCUCAAAGAUUUGGUUCAGCUGAAGUUCGAGGACCGACUUAAAGAGGAGUCUUGGAAAAUCGUCAGUGUGCUUAAUGACAGGAUUUUAGAAAUGAAAAAAUAUUAUCGACAGGCUGAAGAUGUCCUGAGAAAAAGCUAUCAACAGCAGCUGAGUGAUGCCAUAGCUGUUGUCAAAGGAAUGUACAAGAAAUUCUUCGAAAUAGAAGCAGAAAAAGCUGCACUACAGGAUGCAACAAACAUCAAAAUGAAUGUUUUAGCAAGAAAACUGAAGGAGAAAGAAGAAAUUCUUAAGGGUUUGAGGGAUGAACUAGAACAAUAUGAAGAGAUUGGACUUAGCAAGAGUGAAACUUUUGCCGGGGAGACGGGCUCUCCAAAGACAUUCUCAGAAAAGGAAAUGAUGGAAUACAAGAUGGAGAAUGAGAGGCUGCAGCAAGUGAUCGCAGUCUUGGAAGAGGAAGCACAAAUGAACCUGAAAGAAAACUCAAUGUUAGAGGAUGAAAUUAUGAAUCUGAAAGAGAUGGCAGACCAGGAUCAGCGAACUAUUCAAAAGUUAAUGGACAGUAGAGACAGAUUGAGAUAUGAGCUGGAUUGUGAAAAACUUGCCAUGCAAGAUUUGAUCAAUAGGCAGAAAGAAGACAUGGAAAUAAGAAGGAAGUAUGCCAGCAUCAGCACCAAGAAAACAACCAAGGGAAGAGAUUCUGCUUUUUACUCACGGCCUUCAAGUCGUCAAUCCAAGAGCGUGACGUUAUCUGAAGACGGACAUGUUAUAAGGCCACCUUCUGCUUCCCUCAGUGUAUCACCGAAGCUAAAAAAGAAGAUUUCAAAGAAAUAUGUUGGUGCCGCCUUCGUUCCUAGCGCUCCUGUUCCUGAAGCACCUGCUGCUCCUGAGGCAGCUGCUGCUGCUGCUGCUGCUGCUGUUCCAAUUCCUGGUGCAGCUCCUGGUACAGCUGCUGUCCCUGUCGCUCUUGUCACCACGCCUGUUGGUUCUAUUGUUACCGAUUUCACUGGAAAGUCCGAGAAGGAAAAACAUGUUACAUUUCUAAUACCUCACCUGGUGCCUGAAGAACUAUUGGUAAAAUUACAGGCGCUUAAGGAUGAAGACAAAAAAGCUUUACAGGAUCAGAUAGAGAAAUUAAAAGCUGAAUUAGAGAAUGAAAAGAAGAAGAUGGAGAGGUUUAGAAAAGAAGCUGAUCGGAUCAACAAAAACUGGGAGAGGAAAUUUAUCAUCCUCAGGAACAGCUUCCAUAUUCUAAAGGAUGAAAUGUUUACUAGACACACACUUUUCCGGCAAUUUGCAAUGAUUGCUGACACCUCCUUCAAUUACAUUAGAGUGAAGCCUUUGUAUGUACACUCUGCAAUGAAUUUGUCAGAGACACCAUCUCCUACAAGUGUUUAUCACUCAUCCAUGAUGGAGCACAAGUAUGUGGAUGUGUCCAAUGACGAGGUGUCCCUUGCACACUUGCCCAAAGUGACCUUUGGAUCUAGGUACAGCGACGUUUCACGGAACAGAAAAAGCCCUGAAACCAAUGACAAUGAUCAGCAGUGAGGGCAAGGUUGCAUCUUGGAGCAGAAGUAAUCAUCUAAGAACCUCUGCCUUAUCCCUUCAAGCAAUAAUGACUUCUUUGGACCACACUGAAGUACUAGAACUAAGACAGCAUUCAAGGAGACUGCACCUUUUUCGAGACUGCUUAAUCAUGUAUACUUCUUGCCCCUUGGCACACAUUUUCCUCCAUUUAAACUUAAAGGUUGUGUCUAUAACCUGAAGAUAAACUUGUGGUCAAUCGACCCCUUUACUUGUUCUUCCCAGUGUGGCCAUAUUGAAUAAAUCUCCUUCCUCUGUUUUUCCCAAUUACCUGUCUCUUCAAUUGGUAUAUAGGAGACAGCUGAUAGAACCCAGCUUGUUGAUGCUUCCAGACUCUGGCUUUUACCCUAAAAUCUCUGGUUAUACCAAAUCAGUAUAUCUGGUGUCAGUAUUAGAGAAAAACACUGUAUAAACACUCAGCACUCCCAGG